GUGGGAAGGAAGCUGGGCCAUGAGAAAAAACCAUGGCACUGAUAACACUCAGGCCCUCCAAAACCGUGGCUUAGCCGAGAGUAUUAUCACAAAUCCACAAAUAUCCGCCUUGUAUGGGCGCUUUGAGGUGCCAGGCCACGGGAUUGUAGAACUUAAUGAGAAGACAGCAUCGAAAUUCAUUGCUGCCAAGCUUGCUCAUAUGAGGAAGCCCUCUUCAUAUGAGAAGAAGUACAAUUCAAGUAAAGCUACUAAUGAAAAGGCUGAUUCAGAUGAAGAGGGAUCUUCUGUCAAUGACGACACAUCAAGGGCACCAUUGAAACGUCGCUCUAAUAAGAGCAACAAGGAAGGUGAAGGUGUGAAAGCGAGAAAGCAUGCAAAAACAAGUGAAGGACCAGAAAAUGAAAAGUUGGAGGUGGCUAAGGCUAAAGACCAGGAAGAAGAAACUGAAGAGGAAGAGGAUUUAGAGGAAGUGUCUGAGUAUGAAAUGAGAGUGGCAAACAAUAGACAAGCCAACAACAAUACAUUGAUCAACCUUGGAUUUAUUCCAAAAGACAAGGCAAUGCUGGUCGGACUGUUUUAUAUUGGCUUAAAGCGAAAGGAAGAUGCCCAGAUGGCUGUGCUUAAGAGACAUCUUUCUAAACUGAAAAUAGCUGCUCCCAAAAAUACAGAGAAAAUUACAGCAUUGCAGAUGAUUGGGAAGGAAGUGUUCAAUUCAAAGAAGGUUGUAAGAGUGGAUCAAGAAAGGCCCAUUGCAUUUUCAAAUCUAAGAAGAACAACUAAGGACGACUAGAUGUGCUUGAUGUACUAUAAUUUUCCUUGUGUUGCU